AUGACCAUCAGCACUGACAGAUCAGGUCCCGGGGCCACCGCGGCCCCAGGAAGCGCCCAGCCGCUGGUGCUCAUCGUCGGAGCCGGCAUCAGCGGACUGCUGCUCGCCCAGCACCUCAAGCGCGAGGGCAUCCCGUACCGCAUAUUCGAGCGAGACGCCGACCUGGAGACUCGCGGCACGGGCUGGGGCCUGACACUGCACUGGUCGCUGGCGGCGCUGCAGAGUCUGCUGCCGUCUGAGCUGGCGCAGCGCAUCUGCGAUGAGUCCAGCGUGGAUCGACGGGCGGAUCGCCGGGGUGAAGCAUCGCGAUUCCCGUUCUUCAACCUCGACAGCGGAGAGCUCAAGGCGCAGACGCCGGGAGCCGUGAAGAGCGCGAGGAUCCGAGUGAUGCGCCAGAGGCUGCGCAAACUGCUGGCAGAGGGCAUCGAAGUCGAGUGGGGUAAAACCCUGCGCGAGUUCCAUGCCAGCGACAACGGCAUCGUCAGCGCUCUCUUUGAGGAUGGCACCUCGUGCACCGGCACGCUGCUCGUGGCAUGCGAUGGAGGCCAGUCGCGAGUGCGCCGUGCUCUGUUCCCGGACGAGUCCAAGCUGAUGGUGCAGCUGCCCGUGCGGACCAUGGGCGUCAAGAUCUCAUUGACGGCGGAGCAGAUCGAGCCAAUCCGGAAGCUGGAUCUGUUCUUCCUCCAGGGCGGCUCGCCGAGCAACAAUUCCUUCACGUACUUCAGCGUUCUCGAUGUCCCUGGAAACCAGGUUGACAGCGACCCCGACCUCUACAGUUGCCAGAUGCAUGUCUCGUGGCCGUAUGCCGGCAGCGGAACGUCCACAGACGUUCCAGCCACCAACAAGGGACGGUACGAACUGAUGCACGCCUAUGCAAAGACUUGGUCGGAGCCUUUCCGCUCUCUCGUCUUGAACAACGUGCAUCCUGAGACGGAAAUCAAGCGCCUGGAUGUGCUGGACUGGGCGCCGCCUCUAGGCUUGCGCUCCAAGGGACAGGUGGUGCUGAUGGGCGAUGCGUUUCACCUAAUGUCGAUGUACCGAGGCGAAGGCGCCAACCACGCCAUUGUUGAUGUACUCGACUUUGCGACACACGUCGUCCCGCUACUGUCACCCGAUCGCCGCUUCAGCCCAACCACGGACUCGCAACAGCUUACCGAUCAGAAUCAAGGCCUAGACUUCCGGCGAGCUCUGCGCCAGGCGCUAGAUAGGUAUGAAGACGCCGUCGUCUCUCGGGCUCGGCCAGGUGUGCUGGCCUCGCGCAGGGCUUGCUUAGAUGCGCACGCCUAUUCCAGGUUAUUUGGAGAGGCUGCGACUGGCGUCAGCCCGCUGCUGAGCAAGCGCGAGAUGAUGCUUCAGUUCGACGACGAAUCGGCGGAGCUACUCAAGUAGUUGUAGCUUAGCAC